CCCCCCCCCAACACACAUACACAUACAUAUUUUUAUUGAUCGAGAGGAUAAGCUGUCCUUGAUUUUCUUCUUUGUUCUUCAAGAGAGAGAGAAUCGAAAACAUCUUCGUUCUUCUCUCUCCCUAGCUAGCUAGGUAUUGGUUUGGCCAUAAGCUCGGCUUGUCUCUCUAAACAUCUGUGCGUUCUUUCUCUUUCUUUGGGCCUGUAUACUUGAGAUCCUCUUGUUUAUAUUCAACAACAUUUUCAUAGCAGUUAGCAGCAUGAAAAAAGUUUGCUGGCCUUACUUCGAUCCUGAAUUUGAUAAUCUUACCGAAAGGAUAAACGGCCCAACAUGCAGAGUUCUCAUUGACAAUGAAAGCUUAGAAGAUAGCACUGUGGUAAAGGUCGAUAGUGUAAACAAGCAGGGUCUACUCUUGGAAGUGGUGCAAGUGCUGACAGAUAUGAACCUUACUAUCUCAAAAGGCUAUGUAUCUUCUGACGCUGAAUGGUUUAUGGAUGUAUUUCAUGUUAAAGAUGAGCGUGGAAACAAAAUUACAGACCAAAGAGUCAUCAAUAAUAUCCAGCAGGCCAUAGGAGCAAACAAGGGGACCUCACUAAAAGCGAAGACCCAAACCAGUCAAUUGCUUGAAUCUGACCCUCCUUCAGAACCCACAGCGAUUGAACUGACCGGAACAGACAGGCCCGGUCUAUUUUCAGAGAUCUCAGCUGCCCUAGCUGAACUCCAUUGCAACAUCGUCGAAGCACAUGCAUGGAGCCACAAUGCUCGUUUAGCUUGUGUCGCCUACAUUUCCGACCAAUCUUCCGAUACCCGAAUCGAUGACCACCGCCUUGCCACCAUCGAAGACCACCUCACCACUGUCCUCCGGGCCACCAACACCACUAAGUCCUCCGAAAACAACUCCAACCAGCAAGAAGUAAAGACCGCUGGCCUUCCCGAGGGCGAAGGCACCACGACCACGGUGGAACGCCGUCUUCAUCAGCUCUUGCUUUCUGUUCGGGACUUCGAUGAGCCCAGAAGCUCUGCCUUGGCGGUAUUGAAAUUGGAGGGUGGUGAUGAAGAAAGGAAGACGAGUGUUUUAGUAGAAAAUUGUGAGGAAAAGGGCUAUUCGAUUGUUACAGUGCAGUGUAAGGAUCGGAGAAAGCUAAUGUUUGAUACAGUGUGCACUUUUACUGACAUGCAGUACCAGAUUUUUCAUGCUUCUGUGGAUUCUCAUGGUGGUUAUGCAUUUCAGGAGUACUUCAUCCGCCACGUAGACGGUGAUGCAUUCAAAACGGAAAGCGAGAAGGAGCGAGUAGUAAAAUGCUUAGAGGCUGCCAUAGAACGCCGGGUUUGUGAGGGCGUCAAGUUAGAGCUAAGUGCAAACAAUAGAGUAGGGUUGCUCUCAGACAUAACUAGGGUUCUACGAGAAAAUGGCCUUGCCGUUGUUAGAGCAGACAUAGCAACACGGGGAGAGAAGGCUGUGAAUGCUUUCUAUGUGAGAGAUGUUUCAGGCUGCGACAUUGACAUGGAGUUCAUUGAGUCCAUGAAGAAAGAGAUGGGACCAAUAGACCUUGCAAUAAAGAAGGAGAUGCCAGCAAGAUUGAGUUCGCCAGAAAGGCAUCGAUUUUCCAUCGGAGACAUCCUCAAAUCUCAGAUUGACCGGUUCUCUAACCAUUUUGUGGCCAUCAAAUGAUGUAAAUAUGUAGACAAUUUUGAUGUGUUUGGUAGUUCACAUGUUAAGGUUGUACAUGAAUGAAUACUAAAUGGAGUAAUGCAUUGUUUUUAGGGUUGUAAAUAAAUAUCAAUAGGAUUGUGAUGCCUGAAUUCUAGAUUACAUGGAUAAGUAAUUAUUGAAUUUAGUAGAAAUCACUUAUCCACUUCUUCAUUUGUUAUUGGACGGUGACAUGACAUGACAAUGCUAACUUGAUGAUGAAAUGUUUGGAUAUUAUUGUUGCAGUUC